UGAUUCGAACUCAUGACUUGCAGAUACGUAGUUAACGGUCUGACCCAUUGCUGUAUGCUGUUAGUUAGGAAACGAUAUCGGAAAAGAAAAAGUUCAUCACAUUAUGCUUGAUUGCAUUGUUUAUAUUGAUCGGAAGUAAAAUCACAGUAUGGAGGUGUCCCAUACCACCUACAGGCCUUUGACCAGCUGAGGUAACAGCAGAUAAAGGGAGAUAACUGACAUAAUUUGAGACGGAUCAGUUGAUGACUUGCAGUAUAGCUUUAAGGCUGAGUAAGAGAUGAGGAGGCUGAAUGGACAACAGAAAAUGAAGACUGUUCUCACGUUGUGAUGAUUGUUCUCAAACCCAAGGUGAUUCUGCGUCAUGUGCAGGAGGGAGAGGAGAUUUUCUGGAUCAAGAGCGAUUUGACAUCUCUGGAAGGAGGAGCAGAGAGCAAGGACACAGCAACCACACUUGUCAGGAAAAGCCAGUUAGUGCGACAAAUUCAUCAGUACUUUGGAAGUUUGGAGCCGAGGAAAUGCUGUUUAGCGUUGUCAGGAUGUAAAACUUCAUUUACUAAUGUGAGAUUGGUUAGAAAUGAUGGGAGAGAUUCUGGAAUUGAGGAAGGAGCCAUGUUUAGGUCUCCUGCAGACGUGUCUGACACCAUCCGAGAUCUCACAGCCCAAGAGGAGAGGGUGUUUCGGAGAGCGUACCUCUGCGCCUCCUACCCCGUACUGUGUGCCCCUGAGCCCCCCUCCCCUCUCUCCCCCUCCCCAGUGGUUCCCCAAGGCAGUAAAAAAUUUCAGUUCAAAGGUCAACUGACCAUUGCUCGACCCCCGACCCCGGACGACAGUGGUUUGGAAGAUGACAUGACAGUAGUUCCAGCCGACACAUUGUUUGAACUUUUAAGGAGAACAUUUCACUUGACGCAGGAGAAAUUCCAACAGUUUGAGCAUCAGAUCUAUAGGUACCAUCAAAAGAAGGACCCCAGCAGGAUAUUGGCAGAGGAGCUCGUUGGGCAGUUAGCUUUGUUGGAGAACAAUGUCAAUCCAAGCUACAAUCCUGAAUCAUUUAUGUCCCCCUCUGGCUAUGAUUCUUGGCAGAGGAAGGAAUUCUCACACAUCGCCAAUUUGUUGAAGAAGUUUUGGCAAAGCGCCUUUCCUCCACUUGGUAAUAACUAUAAACAGAACCAGAGAGGCAUUCUGGAGGAUUAUACCACACUACUGCACAAACUGCUCAGGUAUGAAUCUCCAUACAGAGUGGAGGGAGAGUUACUUGCCCCUGGCUUGUCCUGUCUAUUGUCAUCAGCAUCUGUCCGCUUAUUGAAGGAAUUUGGACUCAGAUAUGGCAUUAGGGAGCUGUACAGGAAGUUGGUUUACCUGCAAUACCUGACAGGUAACUUUGUGCCAUCUACCUGGUUUAUUCAGCACACCUGUACCUCGUUAUCAUCAGUUCUGGACAUGUUACCAAACUCAGGAGCCAGCCAUGUUCUGCUCAAGACUGAGUAUGAUAUUUUGGAGGAGAGUUUGAAUGCACUGGAGAAGCUUUGUAAAUCUAACUUAUGUAAAAUGAAGAGUUUGUUUCCCCAGAAUCGCCCUUCAGAUGGACUAGAUUCUCUGAUUUACCUGGUCACUUUGACACAGAAAGGACUUCAGUAUCUUGUCAGCAGGAAGAGUGAACGAGUGGAGAACAUUCUGAAAACCUGUGUUCAGAGUAUUUUCCCUGUGUGUUAUGAGGAGCACAAGGUUGUAGCAAUAAAGGACCUACACCAAAAAGACUCUGGACUCUCACCAACACUGAUGAACAAGAUGAUCUGUAAGAUACGGGAUGAAGUUAAAGAUUACAAGGACAACUAUCAGUCAACCUUUGAGAAGUACUUUGACAUUACUGUGAUGGCUGCCGAGAGUUUGUACAAUCUUUUGAUGAAGGAUGUGGCCACAGUCUGCCAAAGCCAGCCUAAAACCUCCUACAUAGACAAGUGUAUGCUGGGACUAGCAUACAGAUUGAGUCAGCUAGACCAGGCGUGGGGGUCAUACAUCCCAGAGGAACUUCAGACUUGGAGGAAUUGGUUUGAAACAGAGCAGUUGUACUGGGCUGAACUGCUGAAGGACAAGUUGAUCAGGCUCAUACAGGAGGGGAUAUCUAAAGACAAGUUUGAAGGGUUUAUAGUGGAGGACAUCCACAGCAUCAUUGAGACCCCGGUCAGCUCCCUGUUGGGGGACAGGAUCCGGUCCUUGUCCAGUAAGUCCAUCACUCCCUCCAUCAACAGUGCCUUCAGUGGAAUGUCCUCUCUCCACUCGACGCCGCUCCACAGCAACUUCACAAGGAUCCACAGACAGAAUUCCACAGAGAAGAAGCCUAUACCAGGUCAUCUAGUUGGAAACCAUGUUGGAAAUUCUCCCGGUCCCUGGUAUGGAAAGCUGCACAUCUCUUCCUCAGCACCUGGCCCACUCAAGGACACGCAGUCUCUCUGUGAAUUCUCUGAGGAGGAUGAGGGUGAAGAUGGGGUCAUGACCUUUUCUAACCUUCGACACAGUUCCUCAGUGCCAGAAAUGUUGAGUAAGAGUUAUGACCAUCAUCUUGAUGUAAUACGAACAAAGACCAAAGUUCCAGAUAUGCUAGGAAAUUUAAACGGAGAUAACUUUGGGAAGGAACUCGCAACAGAUAGUUCAAUUAAUAGUGUUCAGCAACAAGUUCCUCUGUCAAACAAGGAAGACCUUAGGGAAAGCUUACAGAAAAGUCAAUCUGAUUCGGAGCAAGAGGAUGAAAUAGUUGCAAUAAAUGAAAAUAAUACCAAAGUGACUUCUGAACAAUGUUCUACAAGAGGUAAACAAGAUAGCUGUGAUAAAAGUGAAGAUGAAACUCCAAAACAAAUUGAUCCUCACCAGCAACUCUUGAACGAAAAUGCCAUGACGGUGGAUCGUAAUGGCCCUGAGGGGAGGGCGGAUGGGGACCAGGAUUCUCUGGCUGGGGAAUUCACCCAAUCAUUUGGGGAGGAGGACCGAGUGGAAAGGGAGUCACUGUCCAGUGUACAGGACUCUCCAGUUCAGAACUUUGAUUUCCCACCUGUGUCAGAGGUGGUCACUCUAGACAGUGAAAAACUGACAGAAACGAAUGCUGUUCCUCCAACAGAGACAGUUCAUGCAGGCACAAAUGACACAGAGGAGGCCUGUAAUGAUUCGUCCUCUACCAGAGGCAGCAGGGAAGCCGGUUCUUCCUCUGGGAUGGAGCUGUCGUCUCCGGAGAACCAGACUUCCUCUUCGGAUGUUCCCUCCUCCCUGGCCUCUGUGAGGUCCGCCUACAUCCCGGUGUCUAGUUCCCUGUUUGAUGUGUUGGUGCUACUACAGAGGACUGUAGGGUUUGGUAAGACUUUGUGUCAGGCAUUCUAUAAAUCUGGAUACAGUCACAGAACGGCAGACCUAGAGAGUUCUUUCUCCUCCUCCUCAACAACAGCUGGCAGCUACUUCGGAGGUGAAACGACAAGGAAGAAGCUGUACAUCAAAUUUCAUGAGGUGGUUUGCAGUACUCUGACUAUCUAUGCUGACAAUAUUUUGUGUUUGGAUCUCUGUGGGACAACGCGCAGUGAAGGCCUGAGGCUGGUGGGGGCAAAGAUGGUUAAUCAUCUUCACCACUGUAAACAAUCUCAGAAGAUCUGGGGAUGUAGACAUCAGAUUCUUGGAAUAAACAACUGCUUUCAGUACGUCAAUAAACAGGCGGACAUGUUGUGUGAUCGAUACGAACCAGUGUCUCAAGCGAUGUGUAUCAGAAUGAACAUUGUAUCCUCUCUCAUGUCAUACAGCGACAUUUUCUUCAAGAAAUUGGCCACCGCCUUUAAUUAUGAAUGGAGCCAUGUUUCUCCUGCAGAAUUUUAUGGACUCAAUAAUGGUGGAAGUCCAAGUUCCAUGGAGUCAUGCAGAAGUCAUUUGAAGAUCAUUCUAAGGUCCUUGGCCCGACUUCUAGCAUACAGGCUGAAUUUGUUUGCGUACGAUGCGAUGAUGAUAUUUCUGAGCCUGAGAGACUCGCGGCGGUCGGUAGCGGCCAGUCUGGCCCCUCUUUCCGAGUUUCUUGGCUCUUACAUUGAUCUCCUCAACCAGUGGCUCUAUCGAGACAACUUCCACGUAGUCAUGGAAAAUUUGUGGAUUUUUAUAGUUCAGAACUUUGAGAAAGAGAUCAUUAAAUUGGCUCAGAAUGAAAACUCCCUAGAGGCAGCUAAACAAUUAGUACAGGCUUUUACAACUUUGCUGAAGUUGAUGUCCAACAAGGAUGCUGGCAUUCAGAGAGGUCACCUACUUUCCCAAGCUGAGUCUGUUAUGUUCAAGCUACAGAUUUAUACAACAGCCAGCAAUCAGCUGAUCCAGCUGUAUGAGAAACUUAUGGAGCAUUACUAUGGAUCAGACACUGUUAGUAUUUGCACCCUUGAUGGGACGGUCAAAACCAUUCUUCACAAGAUACGGGAUGACCUGCUGGUGUACAGGAAAUGCUUCAGUGGAUCCCACCUCAUCACUUGGAUAAUGAAACACCCGGAACUCUUCUAUCAGUUUGAUCCAGAAUUAGAGAAUACAGAAAACAGCAGGGAGAGGAGGUGGACAGCUAUAUCGAUCGCUGAGACCCUACUGAGGAGUGGAGUGAUUGUUGAUUUGGAUGCUGAGGAGGAACCAGAAUUUGAGGAAGAAGAUGAUGAAAUAAUAGCUUUUCCCGAGAUCAGCAUUGCUGGAGAACAUGGGGCAUCUUAUUCCUAUGAUGGGAACUACUCCUGUAACAAUACUCCGCGAGCCACACCUGUCCCUCACGGAAAGGAUACCCCCCGUCCUAUGGUACCAGAGGAAAGCCAGAGACCCCUGUCCCCAAAGAAAAGAUCCCUUCAUCAGAGUCUUCAUGCACAUUUUAGAGGUACCCCUGUUCUACAGCACAGACAGAGGUCACAUGACCCACAUCUUGUUGAUGGGCCACAUCAUGGUAUAUUGAGACAGGUGGACUUGGAUGCAUCGGGAGAACACCACCAACAGCCAAUCACACCCUUGCAACAUCAGAGUCUGAGGACACAGGUCCUCACCACUCCCAUCAGACAGACUCAGUCCUGCAGAGUCCAGAGGAGCCACAGUGCUCAAGCUCAACUUGGUGAAAAGGAAGAGCAAAAGGAGUCAUGUCUUCAGAAAAAAGAUGGAGAUAUGCCUAAUAGUGGGAAAGAUCGACAAUCAAAUUUAGGUGAUUCUGUGGAUAAAGACACACCAGGUUCAUCUUUCAAAGUGGAGAAUCUUCCAGUGAAUGCUCAUUUAGAUUAUGCUCCUGGAUGGAAUCUUUCAUUCUGUGCAACACCAAACCUACAUGGAAGUGUGUUGGAUAGUUCCUUUCAAGAAAGUGAAUUUCAGUUUGAGGACAGUCGCAGGAAGUUCUAUCGUAUCGCUAGCUUUGCCGAUAGCCUCCCUCAGAACAGAUCUCCUUGUUCAGAGGAGCUCAGCAGUUUAGUGGAAAAGUGCUUUGAGAUAAAGAUCAUUCCUGAAUUUGUGUUCCGUAUUUUAUUGAGUAGGAAAAACUUUGACGACGUGGCCAGAAACUAUUUAGCCAGUCAUCCAGAGGGAAAGCAUGGUGACUUUGUUUGUGAAAUCAGUUAAUCUAUAUUAUCCCAAAAAAAUAUUUCACGUCUUUCAUUUUCUUUCCUGAAUGUUCUAUAACAAGAAUAUUAUGUUGUUCAGACAGUACAUGUACAUGUAUGUUUCUAGCGUUUGCAAUUCUUGAGUGCUUUGUUAGCCCAUAUACAGAAAUACUGAUAUAUUUGAAAAUACCAGUGACAAGCUUUAUACAUGGCAGUGUGUUCUUUAAUUAUCAUAUCAUGAUGUAAUUACAUUUGUUUUUGUUAUUGGUUUACAUAUUCAUCAUCAUUAUCAGCUGUGAUAAAGUAGAAUUUGACAUUCCUCAUUUGUUUUUUCUGUGUACAUGUAAAAAUAUUUUUUGUG